CGUUACUCGGUCCAGAAGUCUACAAAGACAAGUGUCAUCUGAGUCGAAUUCCUUUUGAUGCAGAAAAUCAAUGUGCUGCUGUUGCGUUACCGUUUCGCUAAACUUGCUCUCCAAUUUAGUGCAACGCAUCAUCGAUUACAUAAUGGAACUGAUCUACUGCCAGCGUCGCCACUGUCCAACGUCGUCCACCAGUAGUGUUCAAUCCGCCGAAGAUCAAUACCACUGCCAACAGUCAUCAAAUGGUGAUGAUCCACAACAACCCGAGCAGCAACCGCAUCAUUGGCGUGAGCAAGAUGCCGCACAACGAGAAACGAAGGGCACUGACCCGCCAGAAGCGGUGGCACCGAUGAUGACGGGGUCUGGCUUGUACAACGUGAUCUACUACACCGUGGAGCUGGAACCGUACUUCUGGGCAGUGGACCGGCCGCAGAGUGAGGAAAUGCUACGAGGAAGUCCGGUUGGAAGCUGUUUGGUUAGACCGUUCAAGACGCAGCAUCCUCACAUCCGCUACAUCCUUUCGGUGCACGCUGCUGGCGUCUACUUUAACCUGUUCAUUCGCCUGACCGUUCCGAAUAGAAUGUACGCGCUCGGAUUCGUAAAAAGGAAGGAGCGCCAGUUUAAGUUCCCCUCCGAUAUCGUGCAGUACUAUCAAACUCAUCGUCUGGAAUGUAGCAGUAGUGCUGCUGGUGCCAAAUUCAGGCUCCAUUUAUUGCCGAUCGUUAACAGUGACAACCGGUCCGAGGGUUGUCUCGAAACUCGAUGCGAAGGAGAUGUGAUAACGCAACAGCAAACAAAAUCACUUCGAAACUGGUAGUGUUCCAAUUUAUUCGUGGUGAAAAUACUUAAACUUUUCUUAACAACUAUAUGUACAUGAUCUGGCAUAACCCGAUAAUGGAUACUCAGAGUGCGUAUGUAAUUAAAAUCAGCUUUAUGGAUUACCUAAUUAGCUAUUAUUUGGAACAAUAACUCUUGAUUCGAUUUAUUGGUUGCAGCAAAUAAAUGUCUACAUUAUAACAAAUGCCUUUCUAUGAGUUCUCUUGUUUAAUUCGAUUGGAAAAAAAGCUUUGAGCAAAUGCUGGUUGAGUUCUGGUAAUGUGUUGGGUUACGUAGCAACUACGGCCUUGUAAACGCAGCGCCCGUUUUGAACUAAAGCUGGCCACAGGAACGCCCGGAUGAUGUCGGACCGCUUUUCCGAGAUUGGAUAACGUUCAUGUUUCUCCGGUUGAAG